AUGAUUCUUUUCCACAAUCCAGCCAGCCUUUCUUUUCUCAAAUUAUGUCCGAAAAGGACACAGAUAAGAACCAGCCAAGCAGAGCUCACUCGCCUCCGGGGAGAUCGCGAAGAUGAUGACAUUCCGCUUUUCCCAGCGGAGAAGAAAAUGAUCCCUUUGGUACAAACCAACGAAGAACACGUCCGCGACCAAAAAAUGGUCGCUGGCGGAAUCAUCAAAUACAGCCUGAAAGAUGGAGUGCCACAACCGCAAUCCUGA